UGUCAGAGAGUCACCAUGACCUUGCGCAAUAACAAUACAACCUCACCCUUGUUUCUGAACAUCAGCUCUUCCUGGAUUCACGGCCCUUCGGAUACGGGGCUGCCCCCAGGAACGGUUACUCACUUUGGCAGCUACAACAUUUCUCGGGCAGCUGGGAAUCUCUCCUCUCCAAAUGGCACCACCAGUGACCCUCUCGGAGGUCAUACCAUCUGGCAGGUGGUCUUCAUUGCAUUCUUAACGGGCGUCCUGGCCUUGGUGACCAUCAUUGGCAACAUCCUGGUGAUAGUGGCAUUCAAGGUCAACAAGCAGCUGAAGACAGUCAACAACUACUUCCUCUUAAGUCUGGCCUGUGCGGACCUGAUUAUUGGGGUCAUUUCGAUGAAUCUGUUUACUACCUACAUCAUCAUGAACCGAUGGGCGUUAGGGAACCUGGCCUGUGACCUCUGGCUAUCCAUAGACUACGUGGCUAGCAAUGCCUCCGUCAUGAACCUUCUGGUCAUCAGCUUUGACAGAUACUUUUCCAUCACAAGGCCGCUCACGUACCGAGCCAAACGAACAACAAAGCGAGCUGGUGUGAUGAUAGGUUUGGCUUGGGUCAUCUCCUUCAUCCUUUGGGCUCCCGCCAUCUUGUUCUGGCAAUACUUUGUUGGGAAGAGAACUGUGCCUCCGGGGGAAUGUUUCAUCCAGUUCCUCAGCGAGCCCACCAUCACCUUCGGUACGGCCAUCGCUGCCUUUUAUAUGCCUGUCACCAUCAUGACUAUUUUAUACUGGAGGAUCUAUAAGGAAACUGAAAAACGUACCAAAGAACUUGCUGGGCUACAAGCCUCUGGAACAGAGGCCGAAGCGGAGAACUUUGUCCACCCCACGGGCAGUUCUCGAAGCUGCAGCAGCUAUGAGCUCCAGCAGCAGAGCAUGAAACGCUCAGCCAGGAGGAAGUAUGGACGCUGCCACUUCUGGUUCACAACCAAGAGCUGGAAGCCAAGUGCUGAGCAGAUGGACCAAGACCACAGCAGCAGUGACAGCUGGAAUAACAACGAUGCUGCCGCCUCUCUGGAGAACUCUGCCUCCUCCGACGAGGAGGACAUUGGCUCAGAGACCAGAGCCAUCUACUCCAUCGUGCUCAAGCUCCCAGGUCACAGCACCAUCCUCAACUCCACCAAACUACCUUCAUCAGACAACCUGCAGGUGCCAGAGGAGGAGCUGGGGACGGUGGGCUUGGAGAGGAAACCCAGCAAACUUCAGGCCCAGCAGAGCAUGGAUGAUGGAGGCAGCUUUCAGAAAAGCUUCUCCAAGCUUCCCAUCCAGUUAGAGUCUGCCGUGGACACAGCCAAGGCCUCUGAUGUCAGCUCCUCAGUGGGGAAGACCACGGCCACUCUACCUCUGUCCUUCAAGGAAGCUACACUGGCCAAGAGGUUUGCUUUGAAGACCAGAAGCCAGAUCACUAAGCGGAAACGGAUGUCCCUCAUCAAGGAGAAGAAAGCGGCCCAGACCCUCAGUGCCAUCCUGCUUGCCUUCAUCAUCACCUGGACCCCCUACAAUAUCAUGGUUCUGGUGAACACCUUUUGUGACAGCUGCAUCCCCAAAACCUAUUGGAAUCUGGGCUACUGGCUGUGCUACAUCAACAGCACCGUGAACCCCGUGUGCUAUGCCCUGUGCAACAAGACAUUCAGAAACACUUUCAAGAUGCUGCUGUUGUGUCAGUGCGACAAGAGGAAGAGGCGCAAGCAGCAGUACCAGCAGAGACAGUCGGUCAUUUUCCACAAGCGGGUGCCUGAGCAGGCGUUGUAGAAUGGGGUGCGUUCAAUAGCCGUCACCAUACGCACACAUCAACCCACAAACCUUCGGAGGGAGUAAGGCGAGGGUGGGGGUCAUCUCUGGCACUGAUAAACAUGUUUUUAUCACCCAGACGUGAAAGAAGCUGCCUGUUUCCCGAUCCAUUAAAUAAACCCAUUUUAAUAUCAAAAGUCAAAUACCUGUUCAGCCAAAAAUAAGUAAGCUUAUUACUGAAUAUGAAGGAAUUUAUUCUGAAAUAGACUUUGGUUUUUCUUAAAGAGAAGGAAGUAAUUUUUUUCGUAGCAACUACACACCCAGAUUGGUCUGCCUGGGUCUUUUAAUUCCCAUUAGCUCUGGAAUCCCUGUGAGCAUAACUAAAUGGCCCAGUUGUCACAUGCUCUCCAAGGAUCCCCAAAGUGUCCAUUGGAUCCCACGUGGAACACAUCAGGCUAGUGAACCCAUGGUUCUGAAAUUCUUUCAUACAUUGCAAAACAGCACCUCCUUGUCCCAGUAGAGCUCCCUGUCUUCUCAUCGGUGUGUCAUUAAACUCUCUUUGUGGACUUGAUUCUUGCAAAGUACUGUUUUGUGCAGUUCAAGUUUCGUACAAAUAAAAGAUAUAUAAGUAUAUAUGUAUAUAUAUGUGUGUGUGUGUGUGUGUGUAUGUGUGUGAAUUCCACACACACACACAUAAUGUAUAUAAUAUAAUGGGAAUUAAUGAACUGGCAAAUUACUCCGGCAAUAGAUGCUUUCAGUAGUUUGGUGACUAAAGUUUCUCUAGGAUCCUAACACGUCAAAGUGAAAUAAACCCAGUAGUGUUUUGGAAACCAGGGCUGUUUUCCUGGAGAACAGGCAGCAGACAGCAGCCAGGCUCUCUGGGCUGAUCUGUGUAGGACAGUCAGCCUAGUGAGUCAGAUGAGCACCAUGGUCUGACCAGAUUCUGAGUAAGUUGUCGCCUUUGUUGACACCCUCAACAAAGCUAAAUCAAAUGGGGGCCCCCUCUGUGCCCAAAGAAUGAGUCACAUCCGUGGGUUUGAAUUUAAUGGUCCAAAUCUGAAUGUUUCCAACCAAAACCUUUGCUAUCUUACCUGCUUAAAAUUUAAUAAUAGUGUCACAUUUGAAUUUCAUGCACAACAUUAUCUGGGGCAAAGCAGAAGAGACCUCGUGAGGGCGAGAGAGGAACACAGGAUUCGAUUUUUUGCUACUCAGCAUCUUUAAAUGCGAAAGGGCUUAAACCUCUAGUCACUUGGCUGUGACCAGUGCUUUCUGGCGUUCAUUGUGUGACCUUCACCCAGAAUAGGUGGGGGUUGGCAAGUCCCAAAUCCUCGGAAGAAAGUAUUACACUCUGAAAAGUAUUGCUGCAAAUUGAUUUCUUUAGUACAUUUCUAAAAAGUGGUUUUUGUGUUCUCUUCUGAAUUGACCCAAAUGCUAACUGUUCUGUUUGGGGGAGGGGAGGGGCGCUGCUGUGGCUGUCCUCUGUGUUGCUGCUAUAGUCGUUGAGGUUCCUUUUCUCCCUUUGUGGGGGCUGCGUGGGGAGUGGGAGGGGUGGGAGGUGGGGGGCUGAGGAGAAAUCUUCUGUCUGUACAGGGUCUCUCUGUCGUGAACCCGGAGCCAGGCUAGAAGCUGCUUCUGUGUUCAGUGUGAGCUGGUGUUUACAGCAGAUUUUGACAACAGUGGAAUUGUACUCAGUGGUGUCUGUGUUCCUGAACUAUUUAAUUUCAUGUUAUGUUUAUAAGAAGACAUAUUUAUGCAUAUUUCACCAAGUGUCUAUUUAAUGUUGAUAAAUAUUACUCUUCAGUCUUCAGUAAUGGUAUGUCCCUCGAAAGUGAUUGUUAAGGUCCACUUGAGCAAUGAGUAGGGUAUAUUGUGCUUUCUUGUUGCUAAGAAGAGGAAAAAGUCAUCCUGUUGGUGUCAGGAGGUACCUAACUCUGUCUAGGUAGUAAAAAAUCAACUGCAACUUUAUUGUAAUGGUCUAAUACUGUUCUAGUUAAACCUGAUGGGAACUGAUCAAAGCAACCCUCCACCAGUGUGUUUGAAAUCGCAUGACAAGGGGAAAAAAGCAAAUCUGCAUAAUUGAAAGAGUGGGUUUUUUUUGGCCCACAUUUGACCAAAGAGUAAGAAAACACAGAGACUAUUUUCUAAUGUGUGUAGCAGACUGCAGAAUGUUAUGUUAUCAACCUGUGAAAUGUCUAGUGAGCAAGUGCAUCUUUAUUUUAUUACUCACGUUGGCCUGGCACUAAUAAAUUUGUGAAUGCUGA